UAUGUGCUUAAUCAGACUGACAAACUAUAGAAUUCAAUUUUGUUUUUGUUACUUACUUUUUCCAUUUUUUGUGAAAUUUUAUUGUGGUUUGCAUUGGAAAUACUUUCAAAUUCAUCAUCAGAAGAAUCGGACGUCAUUUUGGCAGAUUAUAUAAAAAAAAUUGUCACAAUAUUCGGUGAUUUUAGGCAAAAACAAAACGAUGCACGUGAAGUGUAGGCUUCGGUCGAAUGUAUAGAACAACUGUCAAAUUGUCAAUGUAAUCAUAACCAAUCAUUUGAAAAUAAUUUCGAAACCGGUGAAAUUGAUUUAAUCAUACAUCUAUCUGAAUCAUGGAAUCCACAUCUUCAACCAUUGACGAGAUUGGUGAAUUAAUUACCAAACAUGCGCAAGAAAAUCCAGAAGGUUUGUCAAAUUCGGAUUUGUCCGAAUUAUUACCGAACAUAUCCGUCCAGGAUCGUGUUGCUUCCAUCAAUAGACUGUUGCAACUGGGACAUUUGGAAAUUUUAACAAAAAAUAACAGCUUAAUUUAUCGAUACAAAGAUGUAUCGAAAAAGACAAACGUACCAAAAGGUGCCGAUAAUGAAGAGAAAAUUGUGUACGGAAUUAUUGAAGAGGCUGAUAACAAAGGCAUUUGGAUUCGAGACAUUCGGGUUAAAUCCAAUUUGAUCAUGACACAAUUGAAUAAAAUUCUCAAAAAUUUGGAAUCGAGAAAAUUGAUAAAAGCUGUGAAAUCGGUGAAUGCCAGCAAAAAGAAAGUGUACAUGUUAUACAACAUGGAGCCAGAUCGAACCGUUACGGGUGGUGCAUGGUAUCAGGAUCAAGAUUUUGAAUCUGAAUUUGUUGACAUUUUAAAUCAACAAUCUCUACGAUUUUUACAAAUGCGAUUGGAAAAUGCCAAAAAAUUAAGUGACGGACCGUUGGCCACGAAAAAGAUGGCUUGCUGUUCGGUUAAGCAAGUGCAUACUUUCAUAUCGGAAUUAGGUAUUAGUAAGGUAAAAUUAGAUGAAGAUGACCUCGAAACCAUUUUAAAAACAGUAGUUUACGAUGGAAAAGCAGAACGAAUUCCACAAGCAGAAGGAGGUAGUCUUUAUAGAGCAAUUGAAUCACCAUUAUCCAAGCCGGGAUUAAUUCAAACGCCUUGCGGCAUUUGUCCAAUCGUGAAAAUUUGUGCAACUAGAGGAGACGUUACGCCAAUUAGCUGCCAAUACCUAACCGAUUGGCUGGAAUGAUAUUACAUACAUAAAGCGCUGGCUGUUUUUAUUUUUUUUAAAUAAAUAAAAUGAUUACAUGACGUACAAUA